AUGUGGUAUGGGUGGCUCAAGCGCAUGCGGACCCAACUCAAGAAGUGCCACCGGCUACAGACGUUGGCCGAGCAGUCCAAGCUGCAUCACCUGCGCCUGCGCCUCACCGCGGCCAAGCGUGCCCUGCAGUGGCACGCCGACCACGCCACUGCGGCCGCCGAGGUGGAGACUGCCCAGCUCGCCUUCGACUCGGCCAAGGCCGAGCACCGCCAGUUUGCGAGGGACCGGCAGUUCGACUUCCACGCCAACUCGAAUGAACGGGGCACCUCCCACUUCUUUCGGCGACCUCUGGGAACCAAGGUGCCCAUCAACUGCGUCACCGUGGACGGCACCACGGUGUACGACGAAGCUACGGUGCAGGCGACGUUCACGGCCCACUGGCGUGACAUCAUGGUGGCCCCCCGCGACGCCCACCCCCCCGGGACACGAUGCGACGUCAACGAGGGAAAAACAAGAGUGAAUUGGAGGUCGUUAUCGAUCAAUGGAUAUCAAGAUCGUUCUAGAUUUCUUCUGUCGUACUCCAAGUCGCAAUGCCAGUACAGUGUACCUGUGACUUUGUGCACUCUGUCAAUGAGUUUUAUCACUUUCCCUCAAGCAGAGACUGCUUAA